CCCCCUUUUUCACCUCUGCCAUGUGCUUUUGAAACCGCGGAAUUUUUUGGAAAAUCGGGAAAACAAAGUGGCUAAUCGUCCAAUUUUUGGAAAAUCAGAAAAACUUAAAUCCGCGGUUUCGUGUGUGUAUCGUGUUUCACGCGUUUUCCUUUGUCCAGCGGGAUGAAGAAACAAUCCAGCCGGAAGCUGCUGGACAAAACCGUGUUUGGGUUCUUCGAAAACUUCGGCAGCCCCGACGACGAGGUGCGGAUUCGAGGGGCCAGCGCGCUUAUUGAAUUCCUGGGCCAAGACGGAAAUGCCGGCAAGGAGCCCCCGGCAGCCCCAACGAAUGGAACGGUCUCGACAGGAAAAACGGCCGAAACGGCGUACGCACUCAAGCGGUUGGUGCGGGGCGUUGGCUCCCCGACGAACGUCUCCAAGGUUGGGUACUAUACCGCCCUCGUUGGACUACUGCAACAGCUUAAUGGCGCACAGGAUUGCCCGACUGUGACGGAGCUUUUCAAACUGGUCAAAUCGGAACUGGCCGACAGCGAUCACGAUCCGGCCGAAUCCAGUGAUGCGAAGGAGAGGAAUCGAUUUGAGGUUCGCGUAGGCAAGGUGCUCGUUUGUGGUGCAAUCAUCAAGGCGGGUCUCAUCCAAAGUGCCACCGAUCUUGAGCUGCAAACCGUCCUAACCACCCUCAAGACUUCGAUUUACAAGACUUUGGCGAAACUCGUUUGGACCUUCCUUAAUGAGUUGGUCCUAUGCAUUAGUGGGUCCAAGUUUAGUCAAAUCUUUUGGCCUCUCUUCGAGCCCUUCUUGAACGUACCCAAGGAACAGCACACGAUGGAUACGGUUUACUUUCUACUGCUUCUUCUCGAUGGACCCCACGCUGGAAUGGUGAACAAGAAAUAUUUUCUACGAAACUUUCAAGCUCCUUCCUUACUACACGAAAACGCCUUCCCAUACCUGGGCCAAGUUUUAUUUGAAAUCGAUUCUACCAUGGCGAUCAAUCAUCCCUUCAUCAAUUGCCUGCUGGAAAAGUUGCUAAAGGUGGACAAAGUUGUCCCCUUCUGGCAGGAGGGAGUCAUACCGAUCCUAUCCUUGCCCGAUGAUCGUCGCCCCAAGUACCGGGACAUCAUGUUCCCACAUCUGAUCCUCACCUGGUUCGGAAGGCUUGAGGAUUAUUCGGUUAUUCCGAAGCUACUGCAACCGGCAUUGAUAACGCUUCUCAGCGAGAAGCUGGAAAAUCUAUCCAAGUUUAGUGAAGACGUGAGGAAACUGUAUCAGGAGGCUUGCAAAGCGAUCGUUGAAACUUACCCCAAACUGGAGGAGGAAAGUGUCCGCUUAGCCACUUACCGUUCUUUGACACAAGGGCCCGGUAGCAUUCUGAUCGAGAAGUAUGCUUCCUGUAAGCUCCUGCAGAACCUCUUAGCUACGCUUUCUAAAGAUACUUUAAAAACGGUGGCCGAAGAAUUGAAGGCGAUUAUUCUGGACCCUUCGAAUGAUAACUAUGUACAACGAACAUACGCCGCACAUAUGCUGCAACGUGUACUUUCCUUGCGGCAACUGCUACCCGAACCGGGAACUAAGGCAACUGAAAAUUGGCAUCUGGAGAUGGUUCGCUUUUUCCUCAUCCUCGGACUAUUCUACUCCGCUGAUGGCAAGACGGUGUUGAAGCCAUCAAAACAGGAAUCAGCAGUAAAAGCAGAGCUAGCCACUACAGCGAAAGCAGUCUUUUUUCAUCUUCUCGAACACCGUCACGCGAACAUGUCCGAGGAACGCGAUUUCCUACUAUCGUUGGUUCGAUGCGUACAGGAGGCGUUCAAAUCACCCGAUGGGCUGAAAGGACUACGGAAUCCUUUAACGGAAGCGCACAUCGAUGAUUGGAAUCGAAUGCUCGCAUCGGUCACUGAAAGGACUGAAAGGAUGAACCGUAUUACAGCCCACGUUGAUGACGAGGAUAAACAGGGAACCGUUUUCCACGUGCUGAUGAUGCACAUGGGUUUGCAUCUGUUCAAUGAUGCCGAGCUGGCCCAUAGCUCGAUCACUGAACUGGAAUCCGUUAUGAAGCGUAUCACUGGUAAGACGAAACAGCGACGCAAGAGCCUCACGAAGGGCGACCCGGAGGAGCCGGAAUGGAUAGAAGUGGUUGUUGAUCUCUUCCUGAACCUCCUGUCGCAGAACUCACUUUUACUACGCAAAGUGAUAAGUAACGUGUUUCCGCAUCUUUCCGGAGCGAUCACACUAACAGCAUUCAACCAGAUCCUGUCGGUCAUCAAUCUGAAGGAUAAAACGAACCCUUUAGCGGCGCAAGGUGACCAAGAAGAGCAGGAUGAUGAUGAGAUGGAUGAAAAUGACGAUGAUGAUUCCGUAGAUAAUGAAUCCAGUGAUGGUGAAGAAGUUGAAACGAAUGUCAAGAACGAGGAAACUGAGGAAGAGGAAGAUGAUGACGAUGAGAUCAUGGGAGACGAGGAGGAAGAGGAAACCAUUACCGAUAAAAUGCGACAAGCGGUGCAAGCUGCACUUGGGAGUGCAAAUCCUGAUUCGGACGCGGAAUCGCUCGAUCUGGACGAUAUCGAUGAAGAGCAGGGUCGUCGAAUGGAUAUUGCGCUAGCGGAAGCUUUCCGUUCGUUCCGCAAGAAUCGGAAACCAGGGGGAAAGCAAAAGCCCACUAAAGCCGAGCAACAGAUGGAUACGGUGCUAAUGCACUUCCGGAUGCGUGUGUUCGAUUUGAUCGAUGUGUAUCUGAAGCAUGAACCCGGCAUGAUCAUCUGUCUUGAGUUGAUGUUGUACGUCUUCGAAAUGCUGCCGAUUGCGAUCCGAGAGGAAGCGAAAUACGGUCCGGUGCUGAACCGUUACCGACAAAUAUUCCACAUGCUCACACGCAUCAAGCAGUUCCGACGCAGCGCGGCAACAUGCGACCUAGACGCUUCCCAGUUGAACCAGAUACUCCGGGACCUGAUCGACAAGGUGGCGAAGGGUGCCUCGUUUCCUGAAAGAAACCAAUAUCUGCUGAAAGCAUGCCAAUUCAUCGUUGUAUGUAGUCAGGUGUUGGAGAUGCAAAACGAAGGUCUAAGGUCGGAAGGUAAAACGAAUGGUGAUGUCACGGAUGGUACUGGUGGAGCUACUUCAACGGUUGAAAACGACGUUUUGCAGGUGGAUAAGCUGUUCGGCAAGCAGCUAACCGAAUAUCUCACCAGUCGCAAUCCAGCAAUAUCGUUCAACGUAUUCCACAGUUUGUUCCGGAUGUCUUGGAGUGGGAACUGGUACCUUGCGAUAACAUUGACCAGUACAGGGCUACAGGUGGCCACUAUUCGAGCGCAACGUCGCAUGCAGGCUUUGCAGCUGCUCCGUGAAUUGCUAAAGAACCGUCGAUUCGUCAACUCUGAGCUACCGAAAGCCGUAUCUUCCCUACGUACUAUCUGUAUAGCGCUGAUCAAGUAUAUGGCGGAUCUGGAGGAAGCAGUUAGUGGUGGUAAGAACGGAGAACGAACCAUCGGCCAGAAUGAAUUUUAUGUGCUGCUACAAGUUCUGCUGGAAAUGCACAAUCUGCUUAACAAUCUGCAACUGCAGCAGGAUCCGAAAGAAGCCAAAAAGCAACCAUUGCUUCGAUGGGACCGAAUCGGUACACAGGUGCAAGCAUUACGUCGAUUUAAUCUAAACUCACAAACAAUGUCCUGUUAUCGGCAACUCUGUCAGCGAUUGAAGCUCACUCCGAUUGGAAAUGGAGAUAUCCAUACCAAUAGCGCCGCAGAGAAGCAAAGUAAAAAGGAUAAACAAAACAGGAAAUCAAAAGAGCAGGACGAUCAGAAAGCGGAUCAGGAGCCAGUUACGGCAGAAAGUAAUGGCCAUAACCGCGGCUCAAUAGUGAACGGUGAAGGAGAACCGAUGGAAUCAUCUGGACAGGAAGUAAAGCGGAAGCGCAAGCAGCAGGACGUAGUGGAAACCAAGAAAGAGAAGCGACGAAAAAAGGAAAAACGGUUGCUGAUCGCAUCCCAGGGCAUGGAAGAGAUUUCGUUUGCGAACGGCUCUUAGAUACACGAUAAACCCAAUGGAUUUAGCAUUAAACAAGUGGCCAAGUUUAAGGUGGUAGAGGAUCUUUCACUCUACCGGAUUAUGUGCUGGUUAAGAAAAUGGAAAAUAUUACAAAAGCGCCGUGUUUCUUUUGUCGCGCCGUAGAGGUAUCACUAU